GGAAAGGAGAGGAAACGAGCUGCAGCACGCGCAUUGCUGGUUCAGGGUUCCCUCGGGGACGUUUUAUAUUGUUUUUAUCCAAUUUUGUAAAAAUUUGAUAUCGUGUUUCGUAGAAACUUUUAAAUAUUUUGAUACGCUUUCUUUUUCUAACAGUGAAUUCUGGCGAGGAUUGGCUGUAGCUUGCUAGCUUGCGAACACUGGAUUUUUUUUCUUUCCUUCCCUUUUUGCGAAGGCUGUUCAUGAGCCAGCAAAGGCACGGAACAAGGAUAUAACACGUCAGUUUUAAUAAUAACCAAUGCACUGUCUUCCCUGUAAUUAAAAAGCGGUCGUUGCUGCUGCUUGCAAAGCUAGAUUGCAACGUCCAACACAGCCAGCCUCAGGAAAGAAUGACGGCUGUUCAGCUAAUAAAUAUCCAGCGGUUACUGGAAGCAGCAGAAUACAUAGAAAGGAGAGAAAGAGAGUGUGAACAUGGAUAUGCCUCGACGUUUCCAUCAAAUCAGAACACAAACUACCAGAGGCAAAGGAAAUUCCGAAAUAAGAAGUUCAGCAGUAACCACAAUAGGUCGACACAUAACGAGCUGGAAAAGAAUAGACGAGCUCACCUGCGGCUGUGUCUGGAGCGGUUGAAGGCCCUCAUACCCCUAGGACCUGACUGCAGCCGUCACACUACCUUGGGCCUGCUCAACAAAGCCAAAGCACACAUAAAGAAACUUGAAGAGGCGGACAGGAAGAGCCAGUACCAGCUGGAGUCUCUGGAGCGCGAGCAGAGGCACCUUCAGCGUCAGCUGGAGUUGCUGAGUGGAGGCAGUGGUGCUGCAGCCCAGAACAGCCCAGGGGAGGGAGAGAGGAUACGCAUGGACAGUGUGGGCUCCACCCUCUGCUCUGACCGCUCUGACUCUGAUCAAGAGGAGAUUGAGGUGGACGUGGAAAGCACGGAGUUCUCCCAUGGAGAGCUGGACAGUGUGAGCACAGCCAGCACCAGCGACCUGGACGACCACAGCAGCCUCCAGAGCAUGGCCAGUGAUGAGGGCUACUCCUCCUGCAGCGUCAAACUUGCCUUCUCCUCCUAGAGCCCCGCCCCACCGACGUGACCAUCACAUUCCUGCCAAACUCGCCUGCCCUCCCAUCUGUUAUAUCCAUCCAGCCAUGCCUAUGAAACACACACAUCCAGUCUCAUCUCCGAUGACUGGCACGCACCCAGCUAAUAGUGUCCCCCCUUUGCUCCCAGCCUUUUUUUUUUUUUUUUUUUUUUUGCCCCACGCUUCCCCUCCACGCUGCUCAACCCACUUUCGGAGGCGUUCCAGUGAGAGCUCUUUCUCGCCUCUGAACUUUGAACCGCUCCGACCAACACUGACACCAGGGACCCAGACACAGACUGCCAAUUGGUUCAAAUCUUAUUUUAAAAGGAGGACCAGAGACGUAGACAUCAUCUUGAAGUUUGAAGCCACAACAUAAAAUUAACUGUUGAUUUUUAUCUGCUAUUUCCACACACCUUUAAAAUCCCCAAAUGUAUUUCAAAUUACACAGCCCCAAAUAUGACUAAAAUGCUCUUUAAUUAAUAUAAUUGUCUGUUUGGUUCUGUCUAAUGUGGGUGUUUGCCUAUAUCUUAUUAUUCUGGCGUUGGGCCUGGCUAAAUCUGGACUGGAUUGAGGCUGAACUUUGCCAUAUCUACACAGCUCGUCCCCGCAGCCCUGAAUUUCUUCCUCGUCUUAUCGAGGUUUUUCUUUUCUUUUCAUAUUACCUGUGCUCUACACCACAGAAGCUCUGACCCUUGAAUUGGUGCUAUUGUGAAAUAAACCCACCAACCAACCAAUGGGGGAAGCAGAUCAGAUCCACCACUAAGCUUUUAAAGCGAACAAAGCGCAUCUGUCGUGAUUGUUUCCGACCACACACGGAGGAAAACAAGCCACAAAAACGGAGGGAAAAAAAUAAGAAAACAUUCCUGUCGGAUGUGGGUGCUCAGUGCAUUUUCAAAGAGUGGAAAUUGUAACUUUGUGUGCGUGUGCGUGCGUGCGUGUGCGUGUGUUUUGUUUUGGUUUCUUUCCCCUCGACAAGCAGCUACUACAAGCUAUCCUGCACUUAUCUACUUUAGAGCUGUCCAUAGAAAUGGCACAAACCAAGAAGGAAGAAACACACACACACAAAAACAACAGCAACAAGGGAAAAAAAUCCAAACUACAAGCUUUGGAACAGAUGUCCAACUUCUCUCCAGCAGUAACAAGCAAUAACUCGUGCAGUUUUUUGUUUCGUCAGUUUGAACUCCUUCCCGUUUUUUGUUUGUUUUUUUUCUCCCUCAAGACUCAUGUGACCGUCCACAUUUUUUUUUUUUUUUUUUUGUACAUA